UUCCUCAAUUCCAAACACCUUUGCCGCCUGCGACAACAUACCCGCGAUGCCCGAGUUUGACACUGAUACUGCCGCCAGCGCCCUCGAUGCCGACCAUUUUUUGCAUUUCCAGCUCGCUAUCGGCAAUGUCCUUGUAACGGCCGUGGCGCAAAAUGCAUACGCUCAAAUAUUUGACGGGCUGCCGACGAUCCAGACGUGGGAGGCAUUCCUGCCGCCCAUGAGGUCACACCCCAUAUACGAACUCAACCACAGCGUAAUUUGCGAAGCCGCCCUGGGGAAGAUUAGGGAGUUCGGACGCACGUUCGACGCCGGUCGCCAGCUGCAGUUCCGGCGCCAGCUCCUGCGCGCGUUCAACGCCGCCAAGGUUGGAAGCCCCGAGUUCGACUUGCGUCUCGUCGAAAUGACGGCCGUCGCCUGCCAUUCCAUUGCCGUCCGUUUGUUCCAGACGGACGACGGCGUCCACAAGCGCAAGGUGCACAGGGACUGGCUCGCGUCCGAGAUGCAAAUCCAGGUGCUGAGCCAGCGAUUUUAUUCGGUCCCCCUGCCGGAGACCCCGUUCAGCCACCGCAGCUAUACAGCCGUUGAGCAGUAUCCCGACGGCGAAGCGGACAUGGUUGGGUAUUGGGCAGAAUGCAUGAUUUUCGGCGGCGUCGUGGUUUUUGAUCGGGGCAAGUCCGACAGCGAAUGCAACGCUGUUUAUUUCCACGACGGCCGUCGCCAGGGACCAUUCACACUAUACCCGCCGACUGACGACCAAUUACGCGCCCUUUUAGCCUUCCUCAAAUCGCCUCUGGAGCAGGACCCGCUGCCCAUUCUGGCCUCGGAUCUCAAUCGGUACAGGUGGGACCCCUUUUAUGCCAUGAGGGACCACCACAUCUUCCGCGACCGCUACGAGAGGUAUAAUACGGAAGGCCACAGGAGCACAUGGAGGUGGGGCUCCACGCACUGGCCCGAACUGGCCGACCAGCAGCUUCUCAUGAGGGCGGCUUUGCUGCGCGCCAGCGGCAUGCCCGCUCCGGACGAGGGCAGGCUCAGGGCGGCAAAGGAUGGGCUGAAAAAGAUCACGCCGACGUCGCCCGUGUGGCACGACUAGCAGGGGCGGACCCAUGGGGGACAGUAUGGAGUAGAUAGGCGACUUAUAGAGGCUUCCCUCAGUAGGCACAUUGGGGUCGCCAGCGGAGGGACAGGCCACCAGUAGCAAUACACGCCUGCCUGGGCAGGUAAGGUAGGUGUAAAAUUGGAGUUGUAUAGCCAACUCGGGAUUUGAGCUGUUAGCUAAUGUUGAAACUCGCGGCGCUCAGCGGAAGGGCUGUCGGCCUGGUCACUAAGCGGGACACUGCUCUCGAACGAUGCACGCUCUCCGCCGGGCGUGGCGGAGUAGUCGCUUGCAUUCCGCUUCUGGAAGAGAAAUAGGGUCGUCGAGACAUGGCGCCGUGGUUCUCAUCCCAUAUCACUUCGGGUUGGACCGUGGCCGUCCAAGUGGGCUUCCAUGCGGCCCCAUAUCCAAAAGGGUUGGGCUCCUUCCUCUCUUGUUUCUUCUAAACUGUUUCAUAAACCCAUAAUUCGGACGCGAGCAAGCAGCCCUCACCCGUUCAAAAAAAAAAAAAAAAAAAGACGGCAAAAACAUACAACACCGAGGAUUCCCCAG